CACAGAAUUUAAAGAAUCAACAGAGUCACUUGAACUUUCUCUUUCUAAAGAUGCUAUUAUUUUGUUUUGAUGACUUACAGAGUAUUCUUCGAGGUUUCUGUAUCGUCGCCGCAUUAUUAAUAAAAAUAAUUAAUUCUACAAAAAACGGUAAAAAAUUGAUUUUUGCAAUUGAAAAAUAUCAUAACCGCUUUUCAAAUUGAGAAAAUUUGAAAUAAAACAUUCAUUUUUUUUCUUCUAUUGCAAAUAUCGUGUUAUUUGAUGAGCUAAUUUCAAAUGACAUUCUUUUUUUAUCCUACGGCUAAAUUCGCGUUGUUAUUAAUGUCAUUGAAAUUUUGCCAAUUUGCUUAAGUUCUUCGUUAUAAUAUAAAAUGUUUCUUCUUGUGAAGUGGGAUGAACAUAAUUCUGUGACGGUUUUAAAGGAAACCGAAGAACAGAAAUCGAAGGAAAUUGGCGAUUCAAUCACGGUUUUUUACGGAAAAGAACCUUAUAAAGGAGUAAUAAUAUCUCGGAGUGAGAAUGAAGCGUUUUUGAAAACACUAACAGUGAGCAAUGAGGGGGAAAUUUUGAUGGAUCAAAAAAAGGAGUUGAGUACAUCAUUACUAUCAAAACGAAAGACCAGUAAAUCAGUUGAUAAGAAACUCCAAAUGCUGAGGAGUAAAAAUGAUGCAACAAUAAAUUCAAAAAUUAAAGAUUUAUCAAAAAACAUCAGUCAAAAUCCAAAAACGAAUGACGUGAAAGGUGAAUCGAAAAAUGAGCAGCAAAUAGGCGCGAAGAAUCAACCAAAAAUAAUAUCAGAAGAAGGAGUUUCUUCAAAAAUAAAAAUCGUGAAACCCGUAUGUCAAGAGAAGAAUAUGGACAAUACGUCAAAAGAAGAAAAUGCAGCAGCGCUAAAAUUAAAACAGACGAUGAGAGCAAAAACGAAUAAAUUAUUCGAAAAGCAUUUGCUAACUAAUAGGGAUCUUCAGUGCAAUUUAGGUGAAUCGAAAAAUGAGAAGCAAAUAGGCGCGAAGAAUCAACCAAAAGUAAUAUCAGAAGAAGGAGAUUCUUCAAAAAUAAAAAUCGUGAAACCCGUAAGUCAAGAAAUACCAAAAGAGAAAAAAAACAACAAAUUGGAAAAAUUGGUAAAAACUGGUGAUACAGAAAAUAGGAAUAAACAAAUCGAGAAAAAAAAUAGUAAAAAAACACAAAAAGAACAACAAGAACAGCAUAAAAUUUCAAAAGAGAAUAAAAACAGCGAAUUGGAAAAAUUGAUAAGAACUGGUAAUGCAGAAAAUAGAAAUAAAGAAAUCGAGAAAAUAAAUAAUAAAAAAACACAAAAAGAACAACAAGAACAGCAAGAAAUGUUAAAAGAAAUCGAGAAAAAAAAUAAUAAAAAAACACAAAAAGAACAACAAGAACAGCAAGAAAUGUUAAAAGAAAUUGAGAAAAAAAUAAUAAAAAAACACAAAAAGAACAACAAGAACAGCAAGAAAUGUUAA